AUGUCGUCCGGUGAAGAGGAUAUGCAUGAUAGUGAGCACGGUCUCGGACAGGAAUACAAGAAACGGAGGAUACAGCGUGCAUGUGAUACCUGCAGGAGGAAAAAGAGUGAUGGUGGCCAAAUGCCGAAUAAUCGGUGCUCGAACUGUUCCGCAUAUAACCUCGAUUGCACUUACAUAGAGGCUGCUAAGGUGCGUAUACAUGUUGGGUAUUUAGUCCUUUAUAGAUAUGUCGAAAGUUUGGAGAACAGACUCGAGAAUAUGGAGAAGCUUCUGCAGAGGGUAGGCACCGAUUAUAAUCUUUGUCCGGACGCGGACUUCACUCAGGAGUUGGGAGUUCGUAUCGAUCGGGAAAGCUGGCCAAAUGAUAAGCGUUCUCUGGAUAUCAUGCCAUCGCGUGCAAGUCGGCAGAACUCCCCUGCCCGCAGGCUUUCCACUUGCCACCUGUCUGGCGGUAACAGCGUCCCGCCAUCCGUGGACCCGGACGACCUUGCUCCCAGCGAUGAUGAACCCGGAUCGUUGACAGUCACCGAGGGCCUCAAGCGUCUCGCUAUGGAUCCGCUGGACCGUCGUUUUCACGGCAAGUCCAGUGGCGUUAUGCUCAUUCAGGCGGCAAUGGAUCUCAAGCGAGAGCACUAUGGUCUGGAUCCCGCAAAGAAUUGCAUUCCCGCGACUCGUCGGUCAGAUUUCUGGUCCCCACAUUCAUGGGAGGUAAUAUCAGAAGAACGAAUAGUGCAGUAUCAUUAUCCACCAGAUGACCUUAUGCCGGCACUUGUGGAUAAUUACUUCCGAUGCAUGAAUCCGUUCACACCUGUGCUUCACCGCCCUUCAUUUGAACGGGCCCUAUCGGAUCGUCGGCACCACAGCGACAUUGGAUUCGGGUCAGUAGUAAUGCUCGUAUGUGCGAUUGGUGCACGUUGGUCAGAUGAUCCCCGCUGCCUACUGGACGGAGCGUCUGCGCAUUCGGCUGGCUGGAAGUGGUUCGAUCAAAUACAAGUACAUCGGAGGUCGUUCAUGAGUCCGCCGAGAUUAUACGACUUGCAGAUUUAUGCUCUCUCUUCGCUAUUCCUGCAAGGCUCAUCCUCGCCACAGUCUUCCUGGACGAUGGUAGGUAUUGGCAUACGCCUUGCGCAGGAUGUUGGUGCACACCGUCGUAAAGUAUACAAUGCCCCACUCAAUGUAGAGUCUGAACUUUGGAAGCGAGCAUUCUGGGUGUUGGUCGCGAUGGAUCGAUUUGGUAGCGCAGCGCUCGGGCGGCCGUGUGCGAUUCAAGAUGAAGACUUUGAUUUGGAUCUACCUUUAGAAGUCGACGACGAGUACUGGGAACAUCCUGAUCCCGCAAAAGCCUUCCAGCAGCCUCCCGGCGUUCCAUGUAGUAUAUCUUUCUUCAACAGCUUCCUUAAAUUAAACCAGAUCUUGGCGUUCGCAUUGCGUACUAUCUAUUCUAUUAAUAAAUCAAAAAUCUUGUUGGGAUUCGUCGGACCCCAAUGGGAGCAACACAUUGUUGCAGAGCUAGAUUCUGCUUUAAAUAAAUGGAUAGACACCGUUCCAGAUCAUCUACGCUGGGAUCCGCAUCGAGAAAACCAACUUCAUUUCAAUCAGUCUGCCACACUCUACGCCACGUACUACCAUAUUCAAAUUCUUAUUCACCGACCGUUCAUUCCUUCCCCGCGCAAGCCGUCACCACUUACCUUCCCAUCCCUGGCGAUUUGCACGAACGCAGCGCGCUCCUGUAGCCACGUUGCUGAUAUGUGCCGUCGCCGAGGGAUACUUCCAAUCCCGCAGAUGCAAAUUGCUGCAUUCACUUCGGGCAUCGUGUUGCUUCUUAACAUAUGGGGUGCGAAGAAGUCUGGACAGUUUGUUGAUUCAGAGAAGCAGAUGUCGGAUGUGCGAAAGUGCAUGCAGGCGUUGAAGAGCAUUGAGGAUCGACUCAUCACAGCCGGUCGAUUAUGGGACAUCCUAAACGAACUCGCAUGCGCGGGUGAGAUCCCCGUUGACAAGGCCACUCCACCUCCGAGCAACAAACGCGAACGCGGGGCCGACAGCCCCGCAUCAAGUCACUCCAGUCCAAGUCUCACUCAUGCUCCAGAUGGAGCAGCACGGAUAAUCGCAGGUCGCCGUAAUUUAGGCGCGGUACCUGCGACGACAGCAGCAAGUGCAAGUGUCGGGAAUAACAAUAAUAAUAGUAAUGCCCCUUCACCGGCUGCUGGAUCGUCGCAAGCAGCGGCUGCCGGAGGUCUGCCUUACGACACCGCGUACCUUGCAAGCGCUAACUUAGAGCUGGUUGCAGGCUUACCGGCUACGAAUAGCAUGGGUCUUCCCUGGACGCCCUCGGCUGACGUUAGUGGAUCGCAGCAACACCAACAGCAAAAUUUGUUCUCCCCGAACGCGAUGCCGAAUUUGAACAUAUUCGAUUUGUUCCAGAACGAUCCGCAGUUGUUUAACGUACCGAUGAUGGAGCAGGGGUAUGUACCGAAUAUGGCGGGUACGACGGCGCAGCAGGCGGGUGGUGGUGCGUCUAGUGGACGCCUUCCGGAUGCUUAUGGUCAGAUUGAUGGUUCGGUGCCGUCUGUCAACGAGGCGUUGCAGAUGUGGUCUUCGGCGCCUACGAGUUUCGAGUGA